AACGAGUUUCAUUUUCGGCACCAUUUACCGACGUACGAAUUGACUUUGCUGCCUGAGCCGUUAUAUGUACGCGACAAGAUCUCAAAAAAUGCCUACGUGUGUAUCUUUACGUGUGUUUCUUCUCGCGUGGUGCAUUUCGAACUGAUUAAAGAUAUGAAUUCCUCCAAGCCAACAACAAAUGAAUUCCUCCAAGCCUUGAGUCGUAUUGUAGGAGAGUCCUCUCUUUGCGAAACAAUUUGGUCCGAUAAUUAAUGCGUAAACAUUCAAAUCUGACCGAAAGAUCCAAAAGCUUUACUUGGCACAGUCAACGGACUCUAACAAAUUAUUGAGUCAUAUUAAUCUAGCUGAAGUUAGAGCUAAACUUUCAAGCAAGGGAAUAAAGUGGAAAUUAAUUGUCGAGCGCGCACAAUGGCAAGGCGGAUAGUUGGAAAAACUUGUAUGUUCGGUGAAGGAGGAAUGCUGGGGAAAUCACAUCUAUCGUUCACAGAACUUACGACAGUGUCAGUCAGGAUCGAAGCAUUUCCUCAGGAAGGAAGACGGUAAAUGUCUGUCUGUCUUUCUUUAUGUAGCUACCUGUCAUCCCACAAACAGCUCCAUUUAGGCAAGCACAAAGUUCACUAAGAAAUCAAACAGACCAGAAUGUCAAUGAAAUACAAGGUAGACAAACAAGUGAAACAAUAUCGUCGCCAGUUCAACCAAAAAUAUGUGGCGAUUUCAAUAAAGAUGAUAAUUUAUGCGCCACAAAAUCAAUCAGAUAUAUGAGGAUAUCGUCUUGUGGAGACGUAACGUAUUUAAACUCCCAAAUGGAACGGCGAGAAAGACAUUUAUUGCAGAAAUAACAAAGUGGAUUGACUUUUGCAACCACGAUGCAAUAGAGUAUAAAGAUAUUGCAUUGAAAGCUUUGGUGGUGAUGUCUGCCUUACUUCUCCAAAAGCCAUCAUUAUUCAAAUCGACAGCAAAACAACAUUUCCUAGCCUCACAAAACGAUUGAAUAAGUGGGAACAGUGUGAAUUGAUCGAACUACUUUGUGAAGCCAAAACGAUUCAAGGGAAACUGACAACAAUGCACAGUGGUAAAAAAUAAAGAGCGUUGGCCAAAACCUUUGCAAAGCUCGGGCUGGAAGGAAAAAUUAAAGCCGCAAUGAAACUCCUUGAUCUCCAAGGUGGUAUUGGGGUACUCCCACUAUCACAAAGCACCAUAGAUGGGUUGAGAAAAAACACCUUGUGGGAAGUGAAGCCGAUCCAUCAGUGUUAUUAAAAGGCAAAGCACUGUUUUGUCGAUCCUGUAAUGUUUCAAGGUAUUACAGAAUCCCCUAUUGUGAAUGCAGCCCUACGAACAAGGGGUUCGAGUAUCCCCUCUGGUUUCGACGCUGAAGGUUGGAGGAGAAUUCUGGUGUCAAAGAAUUUUGGAACAAGUGUAUUGGGAAAGCAGAAUAGAAAUGACGUCACAGAAUAGAGAUCGUAAAGAGAGUCGCCUGCCCGUGCAAAACGAUUUGACGCGGCUGGCAUUGGAUGCAUUAGGUGAAUGUGUAUUUGGCUAUGAUUUUGAUACCAUAAAAAGCGGUGAUUCCGCAUUAUCCCUUGCGUUCAUCAAUGUGUUCUCUGGCGUAAAUCAGGGUGUGGGUUCGUUGACGCAACUGCUUGUUAACUACUUCCCAUUUCUUAAAUGGCAUAUUGAAUCGCUUAAAAAACGUCGUGAGGGGGUUGAAAUCAUCUCGAAACUUACGAAGCAGGUAAUCCAAGCUAAGAUUGAUAAGAAAACAGAACAGAAAACCACACGAAAAGAUCUACUAGAUCUUCUUCUUGAAGCAGUUGAUGACGAGACAGGCAAAGGUAUGGAUGAAGAGGAAUUGUUUUCUCAGAUAUUCAUAUUUUUAUUCGCUGGACAUGAAACAAGUGCAGUCUCCAUGUCAUGGUUACUCUAUUUCCUUGCCCAAAAUCCUGACGUGCAAAAAAGACUUCGCCAGGAAGUUAAAAUUACAUUAAAUGAGAAAGAAGAGUGCUGGGAAACCUACGAUUCAAUGGAGUACCUUACAGCCGUGGUUAAUGAAUCAUUGCGCCUUCGACCAUCAGCACCGGUGUACCGUAGAAAAGUAAUACAAGAGGACAACAUACUGGGGUACAAGAUACCUGCUGAUUCCGUGAUUGUUAUACCUCUCUACGCCCUCCAUCGUAAACCUGAGUAUUGGUCAGAUCCAAAAACUUUCAAUCCGGAGAGAUUUUUGGAACCAAACAGACAAAAUAAUCCUAACCACCGUUAUGCAUUCAUUCCAUUUUCCUCUGGUCCUCGAAUCUGCGUUGGUUAUAGAUUUGCUUUGAUGGAGAUGAAGGUCGUACUUUCUGCCUUGAUCCGAAGAUUUUCAUUUUCAAUGAUUCCUGGAAUGUCGUUCGAAGGCUCCAUUUCGGUUACUUACAAACCUAAGCCCAAUAUGGAACUUUUGGUGCGAACAAUUACAGAGUAAAAACUAAAAAGAGACAAACGAGGGGUGGGAAACAACAGUAAUGAUGGCAACUACAACAUAAAUACUGUAAAGAAUGUAGCUUCCUGUAAUAGUAGAAUUCCUGUGAAGAAUGUAGCUACUUCGUUAAUUAUACCACAAUGAAGAU